AUGAACUGGUUAGAGAGCCUUACAGAUGAACACAGUAGCUGUGGUCCUGCAUUGUAUCAUUUGAAUGCGUUUCCCUCACCGGCUUCGUUCCCUGAAUUCACCCGCGCGUGGGUUUGCUUGAAGCCAGCUGCCGGGCGAGCAGGGCACCAGUGGCAGGAUGGGCAUCGCAAGCUGGCGGCCCGCGGGGUGGAGCGCGCUCAAGGCCGGCCCCGAGCGCCCCCGAGGUGCGGUCCUUCGGACUGCAGGGGGCGCUGUGCGCGCCGGGCCGCGGCCUUCCCCGCUGCUCUGUUAAAGGGCCCGCGGGGCACGUGGCACGGGACGGUGCGGAGUUUGCGGCCGCCGGGCAGCAGUUCCGACGCUGGGCGCCUCCUGCUCGUCACCGACGCGCAGCCUGUCGGCGGAGAACCACAGCCCGCGCCUGGCCCGACCUGUCGGCGGAGGAUCGCACGCCAGCGACGGCACGGUAGCCAUGGCCGAAGCGGCGCUCGCCCGGAGAUCACACUGUGGACUGUGGUGGCAGCCAUUCAGGCCUUGGAGAAGAAAGUGGACUCUUGCCUGGCCCGUUUGCUGACUCUGGAAGGACGCUCAGGGACAGCCGAGAAGAAGCUGGCUGACUGUGAGAAGACAGCUGUGGAGUUCAGCAACCAGCUGGAGGGCAAGUGGGCCGUGCUGGGGACCCUGCCACAAAAGUGUGGGCUGCUGCAGCGGCGGCUGGAGAAUGUGGAGAACCUGCUGCACAACCAGAACUUCUUGGUCUUGCGGCUUCCCCCUGGCAGCAAGGGCGAGGUCCCCAAGGUGCCUAUGACCUUUGAUGACGUGGCUGUGUAUUUCUCUGAACUGGAGUGGGCCAAGCUGGAGGACUGGCAGAAGGAGCUCUACAAGCACGUGAUGAGGAACAACUACGAGUCGCUGGUCUCCCUGGAUUCUGCCAUCUCCAAACCAGACAUCCUCAUCCGGAUAGAGAGGGGAGAAGAGCCUUGUCCUGCGGACCCUUGGGGUCAGACGGGGAGUGAGGAGGAGGCAGCAUGCCCCAGGAAACUGAACGCUGGAAUCCCUCUGAGUCCAGAGCAUGCCCCACGUCCACCCAGCCCUGCCCAGGAGAAGACAAAAGAAAGGCAAGCACCUGAGCAGCAGCAGCAGCAAGAGGAAGCACGAGCUGCUCCGCCUGAGCCAGACACUGGAAUUCCAGCAAACACCAGCACUUUAUCGAUUAAACAGGAGGGAGAAUUUACAGAGGGAGACUUGCCAGCCUCCGCUCCUGCAGAUAGUCUGCCUUCUGAGGGGCCAGGUGGCGGUGCCGUGACCGUCAAGACAGAAGCCCAGGCUGAGGAUGAACCUGAGCAGCACCUUCUGGAGUCCCCCAGCCCGUCCAUGUACAGAGUCCACAGAAGGCCCAGGAACAAGACCAGAGGCCCUAGACGGCAUCAUGCCCAGGAAGUGCCUAGGGUAUGGAGUAGGGAACCCCGGGCAGCAGAGGCUACGGAAGAGCCACCCCGUAUCCUUCCUCGACAACGGGAGCGGACAUUCCCAUGUCCUGACUGUGGGCAGAGCUUCCGCUUGAAGAUUAAUCUGACAAUCCAUCAGCGGACCCAUGCAGAAGAGGAGGGACACAGGGAGGCUUGGAGUGGCUUGCCUCUGGGGUCAAGCCACUCCACCCUGGAGCCAGGGGAGGUGGUGGUGCCCGGGCCUGUCAUCAGCUGGCUCCCCGAGGAGCCCGUGAGCCACCGUUCCCUGGCAAGCAGUGCUUUCCUGGGACAGAGGUCAACAGCUAAGGUUUACCACUGCAGUGAAUGUCUGCGCUCCUUCCAACAACGGAAGACCUUGAUACUGCACCAGCGUCAGCACACAGGCAGCAGGCAAGGCUGGCCUGCCUGUCGCUACUGUGGCAAGGCCUUCCGCCGGCCCUCCGACCUCUUUCGUCACCAGCGCAUCCACACUGGUGAGCGUCCCUAUCAGUGCCCCAAGUGUGGCCGGGCCUUCAACAGGAACCACCACCUGACUGUCCACAUGCAGACCCACUCCUGAGGCCAGGCGGUCCUGCAUUUCCCCGUGCCUUCUGGCCACCAGGAGAGCCCAGCCCUCCGUGGUCCCAGCCCUGAAGAGGAACCUGACCAGAGGAGCCUGCCGUGGUACCCUCUGGCUCUCCUGGGUACCGCGGAGGAUCCGUGCUUUCUCAGGGCCUUUUCCUUGUGCCUGACCGACACUGGUCCCUCGUUCUGGAGCUUUGGAGAGUCUUGUUGGUUUCGUUUUCCAUUCAGCUUCCAUGGGAAGAAGUCGUCACCCUUUUGGUGA